UCAAAAACCUUAGUAGGCGAAGAUUGAAAGAUCUUAAUGUCUGCUACAUGUAAUAAAAUUCUAAUCAUGGCUCCAAGCUUUGUUCUUUUUUCCUAAUUAUUUUUCUAAACUUGGUUGUACCCUUAAAUUUUGUUUAUUUGAGUUAUAUUUAUAGCAAUUUAUUACAUGAGAAAAGCCUUACCGUGCAUAUUACUUGAUUUGGAUAUUAUUGUGAAAGUUUCUCUUGAGGUGGAUCAACUUCAGAGGUGAAGAUAUAGAACAUAUUUUUCUGUGAGUUAGUCUAAUGGUUAAGACUUAAAACUUGACUCGCAGAAAUCCAAAUAUGCAGGGAAGAUGAUGGUUGGAGGUUCGGUCGAGUUAGAAAGCAUGUUUUCUUUAAGAUCUCCUAAAGCAGAUUUGGAAAAGGACUUUGGUAAAGCAGAAAGCACAAAGAGUAGAGACAGUAGUGGUAAGUGGUUGGAGAAAAACACAUACAUGCCAUUGCGGGGGACACAUAGUAUAUGGGAUCAAGCUGCGCUGAGGUUGCAGAAAGUUUACAAAAGUUUUAGGACAAGGAGGCAACUUGCAGAUUGUGCAGUUCUUGCAGAGCAGAGAUGGUGGAAGGCUUUGGAUUUUGCCGAACUUAAGCGCAGUUCAAUAUCCUUUUUUGACAUUGAGAAACCGGAGACCGCCAUGUCACGGUGGUCUAGGGCGAGGAAGAGAGCUGCCAAGGUUGGAAAGGGUCUGUCUAAGGAUGUGAAGGCUCGGAAACUUGCUUUGCAGCACUGGCUAGAGGCAAUUGACCCUCGACAUCGCUAUGGUCACAAUCUUCAAUUUUAUUAUGUGAAAUGGCUUCGCUGUGAUAGCUAUGAACCUUUCUUCUAUUGGCUUGAUGUUGGGGAAGGCAAGGAAGUACUUUCUGAGAGAUGUUCCAGAUUAAAACUUCAGCAGCAGUGCAUCAAAUAUCUUGGUCCAGUGGAGAGAAUGGAUUAUGAAGUAGUUAUUGAGGAUGGAAGGCUCAUGUAUAAGAAAAGUGGGAAACCUGUUGACACAACAGGAAAAGCAAAGUGGAUUUUUGUACUUAGUACAUCCAAGACUCUUUAUGUAGGGCAGAAGAUCAAGGGCACAUUUCAACAUUCAAGCUUCCUAGCAGGGGGAGCCACAUUGUCUGCUGGUAGACUAGUGGCAGAAGAUGGUGUUCUUAAGGCGGUUUGGCCUCACAGUGGGCAUUAUCUCCCAACAGAAGAAAAUUUUGAGGAACUCAUUUCAUUCCUUGUGGAGAAUAAUGUGGAUCUUACAGAUGUAAAGAAAAGUCCAGAUGACGAAGAAGAAAACAUAGCUGGAAGCAACCAAGAUAUCUUCCAACAAAAUAUUUUAGAGGCCAUGAAACCUCCAAACAUUGAAACAGAAAGCACCAACACAUCACCUGAAAAGCUCCCUGACUUGAGAAAUGAGGAUUCUAAUGCUGAUUCAACCUCUCAACCACCCUUGUCAAAAUUGUCUCUAAGACUGGGAUCAAAAAUAGCAAGAAUUGAGAUACCAAAAAGAGUUAUAGUGCCUGAAUUUUUUGGAGAGCAAGAAACCGGUCCUCGUACCCAAUUUUAUUCUCCUUAUGCGUCAUCAGACAGUGGUUAUGAGACAGCAGAAGAAUCAUUCAUAAAGGAGGAGGAAUUCAUGGUUUCAAAAUCAAACAUGUUUGCUGAACAUCAAAAUGAAGAUGGGAAUACUAUUCCAAAGGAGCAAAUCUUGAAGAGGAUAGAUUCACACAAGGGAAGGAAAUCAUAUCAAUUGGCUAAUCACUUGUCUACUAAAUGGACAACAGGUGCAGGCCCUCGAAUUGGUUGCAUGAGAGACUACCCACUAGAGCUUCAGAAUUUGAUUUUGGAGCAGCAAAAUUUGUCUCCAAGGAUAAGAACAACGAAUCCAUCUCCCCGGCUACCACCUUUAUCCCGCUUCAGCCCUCAUAUUGCUUUUCCACCUUCUUUGCCUGAUGCUCCAAGUGCCUUAAGCAGCUAGUGUAUCAGCUGACAACACAUAGGAUGAAGUGGCAAUUAAGGGAUGCCACUUCUGCUGAGAAAAUGACAUAGGAGUUCUUUUUGCAAUGCUUUUAGUGCCAUUCUUCUAAGCCAUAUAGUUUUUUGUAGGUCGUGUGAUGGAAGAGGAACAAAAUAACUUUGUAUCUUCUGAUUCCCAAUGAGGAUAGAAUCUGAUCGGCUUCUUUCAUCCAAUCUAGAUUGAGAUAAUAGCAACUUGCAAAUCAUUAAUAACAUGUAUAGUUACGCAGAAAAUUUCUCAAAUCCCCACCUUUGUUAUCCUUCAAAACAUGUACUCUGUUUAUCUUAUAUACUAUAGACAAGAUGAAAUAGGUAGUCAGAAUAUAUUAAUUGUUACCAACACCAAAAUUG